AUGCCAAAGGUCACAACUAAGAGUAUGAGAGACCAGUCUCGCCAUGUUCCGCUUUACAAGGAUAUAGCGGCAGAAAAAGGAAAUCUAAGAGCCUCUGGUAGAAAAGCUUCCAAAGUUUCCAAGAAGAAAGGAAAAGCACAGAACAACGAGGGGAAAAACCAGGAUGAGGUCACAUUUGAUGCAGCAUCAUCCAGAAAGAUUUUAAAGUUAGCUAAGGAGCAACAGGAGGAAAUUGAGCAGGAAGAAGAGGACCAAGCUAACCGGAAAGCUGCAUCACAGUUUAACCUUGCAGGCUCUGACUUGGAAUCCGAUGAAGAGGAAAAAGAGAAAGAUGACGAGGAAGUUGAUGAAGACUAUGGAGAAGAAGAAAUAGAAAUACAAGAUGCGGAUGAACAGGAUAUGAAACUUUUCGAGUCGUAUUUCAAGCCAGAUGCCCAGACUUCAACUUCAGCUGUUGCUGGUAGUUUCAACUUGGCCGAUAAGAUUUUGGAAAAAAUACGAGAGAAAGAGAUGGAAGAACAGACAAAGAGUCAGGAAGAAGAGCAAAGUCAGAAUGUGGGUGAUAAGGAGGAGCCAGAGCAGGGUGAGGUCUUUCUUCCUCCUAGAGUGAUUGAAGCUUAUGAAAAGGUUGGUGAAAGUUUGAGUGCCUGGACUCAUGGAAAACUACCUAAGUUGUUUAAAGUUCUACCAUCCAUCAAGAACUGGGAGGAUAUUUUAUACGUGACAAAUCCAGAAAAGUGGACCCCAAAUGUGGUGUAUGAGGCAACGAGACUAUUUGUGUCCAACCUUCCUUCAAAUAAAGCACAAAGGUUUGUGAGCAUGGUCCUAUAUCCAAGAUUCAGGGAUAACAUUGAAGAGAGUGAGGAUCACAAGUUGAAUUACCAUUUGUACAUGUCUUUGAAGAAGUGUAUAUAUAAACCCGCUGCGUUCUUUAAAGGUUUCCUUUUCCCGUUAGUUGAAGAGCAGUGCACUGCAAGAGAAGCAAUGAUUGUCGCUUCUAUUCUUAAAAAGUGUUCUAUUCCAGUCCAGCAUGCUUCUGUGGCUCUUUCAUGGUUGCUUCAGAGGGAUUUCAGUCCACAGGCCACUGUUUUCAUCCGGGUUUUGAUAGAGAAAAAAUACGCAUUGCCAUAUCAAACUAUUGAUGAUCUCGUGUUCUAUUUUAUGAAGUUCAGGGUCAUCACGGAUCAAUCGAGCAAGGAUGUUAUGCUUGACGCAGACGACACAUUUGAGAAUUCUGAACAACGUAAAAUAAAAGAGGCCCCACAACUUCCUGUUGUUUGGCAUAAAGCGUUGCUUGCAUUUGCACAGAGAUAUAAGAAUGAUAUUACUGAAGACCAGCGUGAUUUCCUAAUGGAGGUGAUAAGGCAGAGAGGUCAUAAAGAUAUGGGCCCGGAAACUAGAAGAGAGCUUCUUGCAGGCAAGAAAAGGCAAGACAUGGAAUCACAGAAAAAGGUUAGUGAAGAUGACGAUAUCAUGUCGUACUUCUGA